UAAUAAAAGGAUCCAAGAGAGACCCAGAUCUUGAAGAGGAAGAGAGAGAAGACUUAGAUGCCUUCACAAAGACGUGAAUAACAAGAGAUAAUCACUUUUCCAGUUUCCUCAAAACCUAAUUUUCCUCAAAACCAUACCUUCGAAUCGUAAAAGAUGGACUCCGUGUUUAGAUCGGCUAGGGAGAAGCUUGAGAAAGAGCACAUAGAGAGGAAGGGAAGUGGGAAGCUGAAGCUACAACAAGAGAAGAAAGCCAAUGUUGCUGCAGAAAGGCAACGCCAAGCCAUUGAAGCUUCUCAGAGAGCAAGAAGGCUUAAAGCCAUUGAAGCUAAGAUGCAGGUUGAGGAUAAAGAAGAUGUUAAAGAUAGAGGUGGAGACUAUAGUAUGCAAGUCUUGCCUCCAUGGAUGGAUAGACAAGGAAUAAAGAUGGAACAUGAAGCAAAUGUUGAUGAUGGUGGCUCAGAUGAGGAUUCCAAGCAAGGGGUAGCUGAAGAGGAUGAUGAUAUUGUGUGGGACAAAGAAGAGGAUCCUAGUGCAGGUCUGUUUUGAGUUUACUCUUUACUUGUGUUCCAGUUCACCUAACAAGUUGAUCAUCAUAUGAAACAAUAACAACAAUAUACUAGUUAGUACUACGCUACAAGGAAACUUGUUUGGCUGUUUUUCAAGUAGAAACCUGAAAUAGACGUUUGCAUUUUCUCCGAAUACAGAAAA